GUGGAUUGCUAAGUACCUAUAAAUCAUGGCCUGCAAAUUUUUUGAAAGAACAAGGACCUUCCUUCCCGCCGUACUCAAGGACGCCCACAACACCAUACAGCCUCUACUGCACCCUUAAUCUAUGAAGUCUGCCCUCUCCUGUUGCUCGACACGACAAGUUAGCGCAAUUUUCUUUGUUCCACUUGCAUUCUUCCUCCUCGACACAGACCGCCCACCUUAAGGUCCAGCUACUGCAUUCUCUCGUUUCCGCCCAGUGAUGGGAUAAUUGGACAUCGAUAAACCCUGAAUUUGGUCGUUUAGCCAGAGCUCCCCAAUAGACCUUACAAGAAAAAGAAAAGAAAAAUAUAGAAGGAACAGGAAACACACCAGCUCCCAGUUCCACACCCACCGCUACUAGAAAAUCUCCUUCAUCAUUCGCAUCGCUCGCAAUUAUGCAUACCUUAAAAAACCCAUCUUUCUUCCGCCCAAUCAGCAGACCCUCCUCUCCAGCACCAUCUACCUCUCGACCAGACUCGGGUAUCGGUUUUGAAAGAGCUCGCCCUCCCAACCGCUUGUCGCUGCAAACAUUCAGACGUCAGUCCCCUGCCCCUCCAACCGUCGCUCCAAUGACGUUAGUUCAAGAUGGUUCGUACCUUGAAAUGCUCAACCUCAAGCUGAGUGAAGCCGUUACAAAGGCACUGACUCAUCCAACUGGUCCACCUACUGCGAAUGAUGUACUAGGGGGACGGCGCCCAAUUCCUGCAGGCAGAGGUCAUGAUUUGGGUUUACUGAUCGCUUCUGAACUGACUGCAACUAACGACAAUUCCCACCUCCAGAAAGCCAUACUUCGGUCGUUGCAUAAACCCCUGUCAGUGCUGCUUAGCAAUUUGUCGAGUCUUGUGUUACCCAUUUUGCUCUCCCCGGCUUUCCUUACUCCUCCCGCUCCCACCCCACAAAUUCCCAGUCAUAAUGCCACGCAAUUGCAUGGCCUGGCCAUUGCAGCAUUUGCGGGGGAAUUGCUCGAAACGUUUGAUGCCUUCACGCUUGGUCAGGAUGUCGACGUUCGAGGGGAUAAUCUCAGGUUUAUUCGUGAAGGACUAGUUUCCGUUGUGAACCGCGUUAUCAACCCUCUUAUCGGUGGCAUCAAGACCGAGCUCCUUGCUGCGCUUGAUGGAUUGGAGAAUCCAGGUUUGGUUUCUCCGGUGAAGCCGCUUAAUGGAAACAAGUCGGUACAACACGCUUCUGUUGCAACGCUUGUUGCAACCAUACCUCUCUAUGCUCAAGCUCUCAAACGUUAUACUUUCUCCGUUGUCGGACAGGAAGCUUUAGCUCCUUUUAUCCUAUCUCUGGUGUGGCGAGCAAUGGUUGCGUUGUCAAGCAGACCAUAUGUUGUGCCUACCUUUCCCUCUUCCCCAGGUUUGUCACCAGCGGUUUUACCAGGCAUCAGGAUACGCCGUGGCUCUCCCACAUCCAGUCCUCCUUCAACGCCUCCUCCCACUCGAUUCACGAUCAAACUUUCAUCCUCCAGACCACCCUCUCCUCCAGCACCUCUCAUUCAUGUGCAAACCUCCACUGUUGGAGAUACUCGCGCAAUCCAUAACCUCCUACGCAUGCUUCCUCUUCCCGAAGAAAAGAUGGCGCGGGAUGCUGUAGAGGAAGCCCUCAAUGGCCUUCAGGCUCUCGCUCAUUUCCUUGAAGUUGUGGGUAGUAUCCUAAAAGCGUCUGACCGUAGCGUGGAAGGUCGUGCUCGUGAGCUCACGGAAGUGACAGAGAAGAUUCCUACACUUAUCGCACUUCCUAUUCUCAUGAAUGCGGAAGCACAGAACGGAAGCGAGGGUCGUUCUGUGUCAAGCAUUCUUGGUGUUUCGGAGGGGGAAUAUAGGAGCGGCUGUUUGACAGGGUUUGGGCGUGCUGACGAGCUCUCUACCGCUGUCGGGAAGAGGGUCCGCACCUAUUUAGAGGCCGAGCAGAAGGCCGUCUUGUUACACUGGCUAGAAACAGAAAUUGAAGAGGACGAUUGAUUAUUUAACUCUUAAUUUAUUUCCUUUGUGCCACACUCAUCUUUUCAAUAAUGCUCGUUUCAGGUUAUUUUACUUUCAUACACUCGUUUCGCCGUAUUGUGUUGUAGAUUGGAAUGUCAAGUUCGUGCUCGUCG